AUGCAGGUCGUUCGUCGCGCCAGCUUCAUGCAAGGGCAAGGGCAAUUAGCAGGCCGUGGACUGGUGGCGCAGGCGCCCUACGGAUGGUUCCGGCGCGGCACCAGCCGAAGGAGCUGCAGCCUUGCUCUGCGGUACAGUGAGCAACAUAUAGUUGGAAGCAUCCGCGACGACAACGCGAUGCGCAGCAACGGUGCGACAUCCAGAUACCAGUCGGCGCUGUACCGCGUCCAGCUUCAAGACGCCGGAGCCGGAGGCACUAGCGCAAGGACGGUGCUGGUCAAGAAGCUGUCCCAGAACGAGAACGAGUCGACGGCACGGGGCGUCGUCGAUCUCGACGGCCGGUGCCAGUCGGAGGUGAACCUGCUGGGCGGCAUCCGUCACGCGAACAUCAUCAACCUCGUGGGUUCCAUCUGGAGGGACACCUUCAUCCUGCUCGUCUACGACCACAUGGACAACGGCAGCCUCCACCAGUGGCUGCACCCGGGCCCCCUUCCCCUCCCCCUGCCGGAGGCCGAGCGGCGGCAGACGGUGACGUCGCAGUUGGACUGGCCGACGAGGCGGUCCAUCGCCAUCGGCGUCGCCAGAGGGCUCUGUUACCUGCACCACGGACGCAGCAACUACCACAUCGUUCACCACAACAUCAACUCUACCAGCAUCCUGCUCGACCGUGACCUCAGGCCCAAGAUCGCAGGCUUCGGCCUGGCACGGGUCAACCUCGCCGGGCUGGACCACCCGGUGCCUGCCUCGGAGCUCACGGCUGCCAACAUAUUCGGCUACACGGCUCCAGAGUAUGCGACCCUGGUGACGGAGAAGGUGGACGUGUACAGCUUCGACGUGGUGCUGCUGGAGCUCGUCACCGGUCGGGUGGCCAACGAAGCGGUGCCGGGUGGCCACUUGGCAACCUGGGCACGGAGGCACUGCGAGGAGGAGGACGGUAGAGGUUUCAGCGAAGUCGUCGUGGACAUCCGGAUCCCAGACCGAGCACGACACGUGAAGGAGAUGGCGGCCGUGUUCAGGCUGGGCGUGGAGUGCACCAUUCCGGACCCCGGGGAGAGGCCACCCAUGCUCAAGGUUCUCUGCCGACUCCGCAGGCGUCGCCGCUGA